ACAAUAUAUUUUGGAAAGAGUCUAUAUAUUAAGCAAUCACAUUGUCUAAGUCACUUUUAAUGUUUUCUUCUAAGGAUUUUAUAUUAGGUCAGUUCUAAUUAAAGUUGAACGACUAUUGCUCUUAAACUAACAGAUAUAUUUUAACCGUUAUAGUUUUCCUUAAAAGUUAAUUUUUAUUUUAUUUAUUCCUUCAAUACAUUAAUUAAGCUUACAACUAGAUUAUAUUCUCCAAACUGUAUGCAAACAGUUCGUGGGCGUGAUAAACACUCAUUAGUCAUAAUUGUGGAUAUAAACAAACGUUAAGCGUUAGCACGCAAUCCGCACUGUGCCCGCGUGUUGGGACAUGGCCCAAUCUCCCUUUUCCAGCUAUUGGGAAGGCCUGGGCCCCAGCAGUGGGGACAUUAAAAGGCUGAUGAUGACGAUGAUGAAAUCUUCCAGAUUCAACAUGUAUAUUACGCUGGUUUUCCUGAUCGCUUUGCCAGUGUUCCUGUACUGGCUGUACUGGCGGCAGGCGAACAAAAGACUGCUGGAGUUGGCUUCCAAGAUCCCGGGCCCGCCGGCGCUGCCCUUCAUCGGGAACGCUUGGAUGUUCAUUAAAAACCCUAAAGAUCAAAUUAAAAUCAUUGCUUCUCUGUUCCAAAACUAUGGAGAGUACGUCAAGUUUUGGCUCGGCCCAGACCUUAACAUAGCUGUGAAAAACCCCAGUGACAUUAGAUUACUACUUACAAGUACCAACGUGAAUAAGAAAGGUCCGCUGUAUCUGUUUUUGGAACCUUUUAUUGGACCUGGAAUAUUAUGUGGAGGAUCCACAUGGCGUCUCCAUAGGAAGAUCGCCACGCCUUCGUACAACAAGAAGGCAGUAGGACUAUUCAUGCAGGUCUUCAACGAGGAGUCGGAGGAACUCGUCAAGAUUCUGUGCAAGAAAGGGCCGGAAACUUAUGACGUUUACCAUGAUAUCGUGCAGAGCACCACCAGCGCAGUUUGUCAGACUCUAAUGGGCCUACCGAAAGAAGAACUGAAAGAGAUAAAAUAUUUGCAAGCAAUCAUUGAAGAAACACCUAAAAUUUACGAUCUUAUCUUUAGGAAGAUGACGCUGUGGUGGCUCCAGAUACCGCUUGUGCUAUGGUUGACGGGUAACCUUAAACUACAAAACUAUUAUAUGAAGUUGGUUGACGACUUCAGUGAGGAAGUUGUGAUGAGAAGGCGGAAAGCUUUGGAGAAGAACGUGGGCCCUGAGGAAAGCAUGGGCGUUGUGGACCGGUACAUACUAAGCAAAGAAAUGUCCCAUCAGCAGAUUAAAUGGGAUAGCUUUACACUGUUCACUACUAGUCAAGAAGCAGCCGCCAAAAUUGCAUCGGGUGUCAUUAUGAUCCUGGGAUUACUACCCGAUUGGCAGAAAAAAGUUUACGAUGAGGUAAUAACGGUGGUCGGACCCGAUGCGGCCGUGAAUCCAGAACACUUGAAGCAACUGCACUACUUGGACAUGGUCUACAAGGAAACACUGAGAUAUUUCUCCAUUGCCGGCCUCAUACAGAGGACCGUUGUGUCCGAAAUCGCUAUCAAAGAUGGAGAAAUCAUUCUACCAGUGGGCACAUCGCUGUUGAUCCCCAUCCACGAACUGCACCGAGACCUCAAAAACUGGGAAGAUCCGCUGAGAUUUGACCCCGGCCGCUUCCUGCCCGAAAACGUGCAGAAACGGGACCCCAACGCCUUUGUACCGUUCAGCUUAGGACCCAUGGAUUGUUUAGGUCGAGUUUACGCCACAUCUCUGAUCAAGACAAUGGCCGUGUACUUAGUUCGGAAACUGCACAUAGAAUCCGAGGGGCCUGACAACGAUAUUGAUCUGGACAUUGCCAUAUCCGUGAGGCCAAGACAAGGGUAUAGGGUUAAGACACGACCGAGGCACGCCAACGGUUACAGCAAGACGAACGGCGUCAGUAAUAAGCAUCAAUUGUUAUACUUAUAAAUUAUCAAACCUUUAAUAAUUGUGUUGUGUAACCUACAUGUAACAGCUAAAUUAUACCAUCGAUUCGCAAGUAAAAUAAAUAUGUAUGAUGUGUGUGUAUGUAUUAUCUUACAUAAUAAACUUUUACCCCUUUAUUAACAAUCGAAGACCAAGCUUGGAUUACUUUACUUGAAACAGAGACAGAACAUAAUUUUUUCCCUCUGUUCAUUAAAUUACAAAUGGCACUUGAGUGAUAUGAACAAAACAUAGCAAUAAUAAUAUCAUUAUUUGAUACUUAAAUUAAUCUAAGUGCGUUAUAUAAAACUACUUUACGAAUCUCCUUUUGUAAUACUCUAAGGCGUGUGUGGAUUAAUUGUGCAGACUAGUUCUUAGUGUAAACAAGCACUAUAACCGCACAGAAUUGAACAGAAUGUUACAGAUGGGUACUACAUAUAAUAUUGGCAUGCCACGAAAAAUAAGUAUUUUUAAAAUUUUUAUUAUUACGGCGCUAGUAGUCAACGAAACAAAACAAGUUGAUCGUAACAUAUCUUAUCAAACAUCACAAAUUCCAAUAAUUCAAUAUUAAAUUUUAUUUUAGUUCUUCACUUGCCAUUUGGUUAAAAUUUGUGGUGCAAGCAGGUAACAUUUUGAAACCGAAAAACGUGUUUGUUCAGUUACUCCAAGUCAAUUUUCAAAACUGAAGACAUAUUUAACUUUAAACUUUUUUUUUCAGUCUUACUUUUUAUUGAUUAAUACAAUGAUUAUUGUACAAUACAUUAAAAUAAUAUAAAAAAUUAAACUUUAAAUUAAAUUUAAUUAUUUAAUUUUCAAUUUUAAACUUAUAUUUUCAACCAAUGACGUUCUAUUUUUCAACAUUAACUUUUUUACAUUAAGCAAAAUAGCAAAAUAUUGUGAUAUACAGGGUAUUGUUGGUGUUUUAAAAUGAACCCUGUUUAAUCCCAAAUAACAAUAAUUUUAUACUAACGCCACACUGUACUGCUGUCGCGAACAUUUUCCGAUUCCACGACAACUCGGGCCAAGCAAUAGUCACAUAUUUUUAGUACAUUGUCAUAAAUGUGACUGUUUCUUGGGUGGGUGGUCGGGUCACAUGGGUCGUGAAAACGGCAGAUCUUCGCGUUAUCGAUAGUGUGGCCCCAGCAUUAGUCAUGCCACUUUAUGCGAUAAGAUAAUUUAAAACGGGGUAGAGGAAAUGGUUAGGGUAGGUAACGUGCGAGUGUUAGGCGUCGUCCUAAUUGGCAAUGAUCGUACGAUGACACGAUGCGUUCUUGUCAUGCGAUGAUUUUUAAACGUACAGAAUUCUUCAAACGUGUCCUAAAAGCCGUCGCACGAGCGCAGGUACAUUAUUUUCAUCGCACGAUGAGAUCGCAUCUCGGCAUCGCACGAUCAUUGCCAAUUAGGACGACGCCUUAGUAUCACAAAACAUCCUGUUCUGUGGUAAAUAUGUAUAUUUUAUGUCGUAUUAUUAAACAUUUUUACCGACUCCAAAAUGGAGGAGGUUCCCAAUAGGGGGGAGACGACGGGGUAGUGAAGAGGAAAUUUUAUUCUUAAUCCGUCAAUUAGAUUAUCAAAUAAUAAUUAGAACUUUUAUUUUUCUUCUGUCAAUCAACCAAAAAAUUACAAAUAUAAAGCGCGUCAAAGUUUGGGAGUGGUGGAUCGUGACGUCACUGUUUUAUUAAAAGUGACGUCACGUGACAUUUUAAAUCAAUAUAUCUCUAAUGUUUUGAUUACUUAUGUGUAAUAAGAAAAACUAAGUGUCCAAUACUUUUUGAUAUUCCUCCUGAUAAACAAAGGAAAAAAAUGUCGUCAUCCCUAUUAGUCAGUUCUUUUCAUUGAUGUUGUUUGAAUCAGUUUUUUGGAGAGAUGGUCCCGGUGAAGAUCUGAUGAGUACCCACAUAAGGAAAAAUUGUUAAUUGAUAAAUUUAUCAUGUCAAAGUCGAAAUUCAGUCGUGCAUGAUUAUUAUAGAUGAUUUUAGAAAUGUUUUAUUUAUGCAGGGAUAGCAUUUAAGUUGUGUAGAUGUCACUUGCAUUGAAAAAUUACUCUAAAAGUUAUUUAUUACUUAAAAUUUUAGAUGCAAGUAGGCUAUUAUUGCAGUUUUUAUUGAUUUUAUAUUUUUGAAGUCAGUUUUAAUGUUUAAAAAAUGUUUUCUUUAUUUUUGUUAACCUGAAAUUAUUAGAAUUUUUAUUUCUUUGUAGGUAUGAGGAUUCGAUUUUUUAAUUUUUUUAAGGACAAUGAUAAUGAUUGUGACUCUCUUAUUUUUCUAAAAGCGAGCUGGGGAUAAGAUAUUUGUAGAAACUAUAAUUCUAAUUUAAGUAUUUACUGUGUCACUUUUUUGAACGGGUAAACUUCCUGAAUAAAACAGAUUUAUUUUUGAAUGUUGUAUUAA